AUGGCGGGAGCGGGCGACAGCGGGAGUGCGCGUGCGCGUCCCGAGACGCCUGGUGUGGCGCGCGAGCCUGCCUGUGCGCGGCGGGAGCGAGCGCCCGAGCUCGGCAGGUUCAGGGUUUCCCGGCUUCCCGCUGGCUUCUCAGGGACGAAAUCCAACAGUUGUGACAUCCGCUCAGCGGGCUUGACUCUACCCCUCAAUCCCAAACCUUUCCUCAAUGGGCUAACAGGAAAGCCAGUAAUGGCGAAGUUUAAGUGGGGAAUGGAGUACAAGGGCUGCCUGGUAUCUGUAGAUGGCUAUAUGAAUAUGCAGCUUGCAAAUACAGAAGAAUACAUAGAUGGAGCAUUGUCGGGACAUCUGGGUGAAGUUUUAAUAAGGUGUAAUAAUGUCCUUUAUAUCAGAGGGGUUGAAGAAGAGGAAGAAGAUGGAGAAAUGAGAGAAUAACGCGUCUUUUGUGGUUUAUAUAUAUAUAUAUAUAUAUUUCUAGACAAUAA